AUGUCGGGUGUCUCACUUGCUGUGGCUCCUCCCACUGAGCCUGACCAAACCACCAACUCGGCCGUGAAACCCAUGGAAAAGCCUCUCCACCGCCAACAGCAGCAGCAACAACCAGCGGUGGGGAGUGUCAUGGGAUCCCUGCGUGUGAUUGAACUCCAACUAAUUGCUUUCAUUAUGGUUUUUUCCAUCAGCGGUCUCGUACCUCUCCUCGACCUUGUCUUCCCCGCCUUUGCCACCGCUUAUUUUCUUGCUCUUUCACGACUAGCCUUCCCAUCUUAUGGUAGAACCAGUGGAUCACAGGAAAUAUUUCAAGGGGGUAGACUCUUUCGACUUUAUGUCAUCCUUGGAACCACUGUAGGGCUGUUCUUACCUUUGGCAUAUGUGUUGGGUGGGUUUGCUAGGGGAGAUGAGCAUGCAGUCCGAUCGGCAACGCCUCACUUGUUCUUGCUUUCAUGUCAGAUACUAACAGAGAACAUUAUAAGUGGGUUGUCCUUGUUUUCACCUCCAGUAAGGGCACUUGUACCAUUGCUCUACACUGUCCGGAGGAUCUUCGUUAUAAUGGAUUGGAUACGGGAUGUGUGGCUUAACAAGACACUACCUGCAAAUGCAAAUCUUCAGGACGUGGCGUGGUAUUGGUUUGGGAGGAUCUUGGCAGUGGCUAAUCUGUUGUAUUUCUCUAUCAAUCUAUUUGUUUUCUUGAUUCCCAAAUUUCUCCCAAGGGCAUUUGAGGCGUAUUUCAGAGAUAGAGAUGAGAUACAUGCAAAGAUGGCAGAGGACAAACGUUCAGCAGCUGCAAACCAAGCCCAAGCCCAAGCCCAGCAGGCAGACAAGAAAUCUGAUUAA